AGUUUUUUAUCUGCAUUAUACAGGUGCGUCGCUAUUGAAGUAUUACGUUGCCACCGGUGCCUACUCAGGGCCGACACUGUCUGCCCUGAAGCGAUAUUCGCUUGCGAUGGCGUCGAGGCGCAUACGUUCUGCGCCUCGUGUGCCGAUGUGAUUGGCUGGUUGCAAAAUGAACCCCCGCUACUUUGCCCCUUUUGCGGGAUGAUUGUUUUUCGCUCCAGGGUGCUGGAGCGAAUGGCUUUUUUGGGAGAAAGAAGACGCCAAGAAAUGGAGAGGAUGCCUGGCCCUCCACCCUUAAUCCCAAUUCAGGAGAUCCCGAACUUCCAAGACGUAAUCUCCAUCGGAUCCAGCGAGGAGACAGCGGAAUUCCCACACCAUGGCGGGGAAGUUAGACCGGGUUCGCCAAGCUCGGGGAGUAGCACCGUAAGCUACAUUUUCGAGUUGCCGCCUCCCUUGGAUCCUGAGGAGUCGCUCGAUUCGGGAUAUGGACACGAACAUAUUUAAAAAAAGUACGAGCGGGUAUUUCCACGAUAACGCUGACACCGUUAAAUUUCUAAUUUUCUUUUUUCAGAUUCCGGAAUAUAAAUAUUUACUCGUUACCUCUCGUGUUUUAUUUCCUCUGUCCUUGGUGCGCAAUAAAAGCACAGUUUGUACCCGCGAGGGUACACAUUCGCAGAAUUAUAUGUUUUUAAAAUAAAUGUUUUGGUCAAUAUUCACUAGGUGGGGUUACCUUAUUCAAGAAAAUCUUAUUCCAAGAGGGGACACUAGUUUACAUUCGAACCGCUAGAGGGUGCAGAUGGUCACGCGAACAAUAUGAUCAAGUCUCAUUGACGCCAUUGCUUUUCUUAGGGGUGGGAAAAUAUCUGGGCUCUGAUUGGCUUCGCCGCCAUCGGAAACUAGAGGAGGGGGGAUCGAUUAAACCCCACAUUUCUGGUUGCUUAUCCAAUGGGGGCCAGUUUCAAGGGAUUAUGGGUAAAGGCGGAAGAGCUAGAGAGUCGUGGGUAAGGAGGACACCCCACAAAAAAAGGGAGAGGAGUGGGGGAAGCCUAUCCUGUACCAAUAAACUACUAACGCAAUACGCGCUGGCACACUUCCAACACCCCCUCCAUGUAAAGGAUAAAGAAGACUGGAGACGCUACAAUAACAGCGUUGACGGCAUCAUCCUGGACGAUCUAGACUUCCCCAAUUGCAGUCCCCUCACCUUACUCAAACUACUCGAUAUGGAGACGCCCAUCACCCAGAACAUCAAAUACGGGGCAACCAGAAUUCAAGCAGGUACACCCAGGAUAAUUUGUGUAAACCACUUGGAUCUGUUUUGGCCCAAAGGGAUACACACGGAAACAAUUAAAGCCUGCGAAAGACGAAUAACAAUUGUACACAUAGAAGCACUACUCUUUAACUACCGCGCCACAACACCUGACAACCCGAUACCUCAACACCUACUACCAACACCAGACAAACGAACAGCAAAAAAACAAUCAAAACCGUGCAACCUGUGCAACAACCCAACAACCUAAGAAUUCUGUUGGAAAUGCAAAUACGACCUAACACUGGAGCUACAACAACUCGACAUUGAAGAAAACGAAAACGGACCCACCACGAGCGCAUCCACCAAAAACCUGGAACACGAAGCCUCCGACUGAAACUAUAUAGCAUGUGUGUGCCUUG